GUAGCCGAAAGUAGAUCGACAUCCUUUCUUCCAGUAAUAGGAGGGGCUUGUUGGCCCUCUCUUAACUUGAGAAGCGGAAGCAGCUCCUUUCAAACUCUGCACUGAGUGCUAUAUAGCUAGUGCCGCCUUUACUUGUGCCUCUGCCUUAUCCUUGACGAGCAUGGCCCGACUACGCUCGAGUGCCUCAUCUACCAUGGUGGUGAUGACUGAUGAGGUGUGUGAGUUGUCCCAUGGAAUGGGCAUCUUGUUGCCUCUAGAACCGUUGAAAGAGGAGGCUUCCUCUGCUCUUCCGACUCCUCACUAUGUGGGUCUGUCUUGUGCCCACCAUCUUCGUCUUUACUCUAGCUUCAAACAGAUGAUGUCAAAAAUGUCAUUUAACAUGGCUCGAUCGCGCCUCCCACAGGUUCAAAUUGAGUAGAGCUCCUUUUUCAUCUUAUCCGGACGACUAAGCCUGCAUGUCAACACAACAUCAGCAAGUGUCACCCUCCAACGUCUACUCCAACGUCACAGACCACGCCUCCCUCCCCAGCAGCUACGUCCGGCCGGAAUCCCAAAGGCCGUGCCUAGAAGAAGUAAUCACCAAUGCUAACAUCCCUACAAUUGAUCUCACCUCCUUCGACGUUGUAGCCCAAGUUGCCCACGCCUGCUCUUCCCACGGCUUCUUCCAGGUGGUGAAUCAUGGAGUAGAGGUGGAGCUGAUACGGAAGAUGAUGGAGGUGGUUUUGGAGUUCUUCCGGCUGCUGGCAGAGGAGAAGGCCAAGCAUUACUUCGACGACCCUGCGAAGAACCAAUUCCGCACUGUCUCCUUCUUUAUGUUGAAGCUCGUCUACAGCCACAUCUAAUUCUUCAUAGGGUCCUCGGAGUAAUGCUUCAUCUUCUCCUCCGUCGGCAACCGGAAGAACUCCAAAGCCACGCCAUCAUCUCCCAUAUCAGCUCCACCUCUACUCCAUGAUUCACCACCUAUUCAUCGAAUAGAGAAGCCUCUGCUGAUAAUUGUUUCUUUUAGAUAGAAAGAGGCGACCUGGGCAACUACGUCGGGAGAGGCGAGGUCAAUUGUAGGGAUGUCAGCGUCGGCGAUGGCUUCCUCUUGGCGCGGCCUUUGGGACACCGGCCGGACGUAGCUCAGCCGCCAUAGAAAUUUAGCUGCAGCCUCUCUCCUUAUUCAACCCCGGUAGGCGGCACAGUGAAUGCAUAGCGAACUGAAACAUAUAUAGGGCUUGCCAGGGGAGGA